GAGAACAUUUUAUAAGUAAGAACAACAAUACAUUAAAUAAUAAAUAUUUAUUUAAAAAUUAACAUGCGAGCAACAACUGAUGAUGAUCCAUAUGCUCAUGUAGCAAAAGGACCAUUGAAACUAAAAAAUGAUCAAAAUGUGAUUAAAAAAAAAAAGAAUAAAGAAGGUAAAAAGAAGAAAUUAGUAGAAGUGACAAAAAUUACGGAAGAAGAACAAUCUAAGGUAAUAGAAAUUAAACGAACAAAAGCUGAAAUAGCAUUUCAAAAGAUGCAAGAGAAGAUGCAAACUGAACGAAUAAAACAAAAGGCUUCAAUGACGCACAAACAACGGGUAGAAGAAUUUAACAGACAUUUAGACAGUUUAACAGAACACUUUGAUAUACCAAAAGUCAGCUGGACAAAAUAAAUUCUUUCUAUGCUUUAUAUUAUACUAUAUUUAUACAUAAAAUUUAAGCAUAAAUAAUAUAAUACUUAAUUACAUUAGAUUAUUCUUAGAUAAAAUUUUUCAUAAAAUUAUUCUUUAUUGUAAAUUUUUUUUAUAAAAGUACAUUAAUUAUUAAACUCAGAUCGUCAUAAAAAAUUGUAAUUGUAAAAUGGAUGGAUUCUUCACACUAAAGCUUAUUGUUAUUUUAUUAAUUAAUAAAAGAUAUAAUUUUUAAGUAUAAGGCACAUUUUGUUAAUGCACUUCAUAUUGUAACAUAUAUAUAAUGAGUAUUAUAUAUUACAAUGUAUAGUAAAUAUCUCUUUGAAUUUAAGAUAUACAAUAAAUAAGUGCAUUAUGUA